UCUUCCCCCAACGCACCCACCCCUUUCGGCCAGUGGAAGAAAAUAUAGGCGCUAUGGCUGUUCAGGCGGCGUUGCAGAAGGGUCUGGUAUCGGUGGGCCCGGCGGGGAGACACACGGCUUCUGUGAUCUUUCUCCAUGGCUCAGGUGAUACUGGUCAAGGGGUAAGAGACUGGAUCAAGCAAGUUUUGAAGCAAGAUUUGUCUUUCCAACAUAUAAAAGUCAUUUAUCCAACAGCUCCUGCCAGACCAUAUACACCAAUGAGGGGCUCUUUGUCCAAUGUGUGGUUUGACAGAUACAAGAUCUCUAAUGAUUGCCCAGAACAUACUGAAACCAUUGAUGUGAUGUGUCAAGCACUUAACAGUUUGAUUGAUGAUGAAGUUAAAAAUGGCAUCAGAAAAAACAGAAUACUGUUGGGUGGUUUUUCAAUGGGUGGAGGCAUGGCUUUGCAUUUGGCUUACAGAUAUCACCAAGAGGUGGCCGGAGUAUUUGCUCUUUCAAGUUUUCUCAAUAAGAAUUCAGUUGUUUACCAGGCACUGGAAAAGUAUGAAGGAGAACCCCCAGAUUUGUUUCAGUGUCAUGGAACUGCUGAUGAACUGGUUCUGUAUUCUUGGGGAGAAGAAACCAACAAAACAUUAAAAGCUCUGGGAGUAACAACUACAUUUCUGAGUCUACCAAACCUUUAUCACGAACUAAGCAAAAGUGAGCUAGAAAAACUGCAAUCUUGGAUUUUGAAAAAAUUGCCAGAAGAGCCUUGAUUAACAAAUAAUAAAUGGAAAA